AUGUCGAUCGAAAUAGAGUCUGCCGAUGUAAUUCGGUUGAUACAGCAGUAUCUGAAGGAGUCGAAUCUUGUGAAGACGCUGCAAACCUUGCAGGAGGAGACGGGGGUGUCGCUGAAUACUGUGGACAGUGUGGACGGAUUUGUUGCCGAUAUAAAUAAUGGCCAUUGGGACACGGUUCUGAAAGCUAUACAGUCAUUAAAGCUACCUGACAAAAAACUCAUAGACCUGUACGAGCAGGUUGUUUUAGAACUAAUUGAACUGCGAGAAUUAGGCGCGGCACGUUCCUUGCUGAGACAGACUGAUCCAAUGAUCAUGAUGAAGCAACAAGAACCCGAGAGAUACAUUCACUUAGAGAAUUUACUUGCACGCUCAUAUUUUGAUCCACGCGAGGCGUACCCCGACGGAAGCACGAAGGAAAAACGGAGAGCGUACAUAGCCACUGCUCUCGCUGGCGAAGUGUCGGUAGUACCAUCUAGCAGAUUGCUCGCUCUAUUGGGACAGGCAUUAAAAUGGCAGCAGCAUCAGGGUCUGCUGCCUCCUGGCACCACGAUAGAUUUGUUCCGAGGAAAAGCGGCGGUUCGCGAUCAAGAGGACGAGAAAUACCCGACGCAAUUGUCGAAGCAAAUCAAAUUCGGCCAGAAAUCACACGUAGAGUGCGCGCGUUUCUCGCCCGAUGGCCAAUACCUGGUGACCGGCUCGGUGGAUGGUUUUAUCGAAGUGUGGAACUUCACGACCGGCAAAAUUAGGAAGGACUUGAAGUACCAGGCGCAGGACAACUUUAUGAUGAUGGAGCAAGCGGUCCUGUCGAUGGCGUUCAGUCGCGACAGCGAGAUGUUGGCGGGCGGUGGUCAGGAUGGUAAAAUUAAAGUAUGGAGGGUGCAGAGCGGACAGUGCUUAAGAAGGUUCGAGAAAGCACAUUCGAAAGGCGUGACUUGCCUACAGUUUAGCAGAGAUAACAGUCAAAUAUUGUCGGCUUCGUUCGAUACUACUAUAAGGAUACAUGGCCUUAAAUCGGGGAAAACUCUUAAGGAAUUCCGCGGUCACUCUUCGUUUGUCAACGAAGUUAUAUUCUCCCCAGAUGGGCACAAUAUAAUCAGCGCGUCGUCGGAUGGAACCGUGAAAAUUUGGAGCUUGAAGACCACCGAAUGCAUAGGCACUUACAAAUCAUUGGGCGCCGCUGAUCUCACGGUGAACAGCGUACAUGCUCUUCCACGAAACCCGGAGCAUUUCGUUGUGUGCAAUCGUUCCAACACGGUAGUAAUUAUGAAUAUGCAAGGGCAAAUAGUGAGAUCGUUCUCCAGCGGUAAACGAGAGGGUGGUGACUUUGUAACUACAGUGGUGAGUCCGCGUGGCGAAUUUAUCUAUUGCAUCGGUGAGGAUCUCGUGCUCUACUGUUUUUCCACGUCGUCGGGGAAGCUCGAAAGGACGCUCAAUAUACACGAGAAGGACGUGAUCGGCUUGGCGCAUCAUCCCCAUCAAAAUUUAUUAUGUUCUUACAGCGAGGACGGUUUGCUGAAAUUGUGGAAGCCGUAAAUAAAUAAGAAAACUCAUUUCCUUGUAUAUUUAAGUGCAGAAAGUAAGGAGAAUGUCUUCAUGUACUGCAAUACAGCAUUUUUUACUGUGGUAUUACAAGUUUGUCUCUCA